CCCUCCAUAUUGGUCCUACACACCAAUAUCAUCAUCUUCUCUUGCGUAAGCUUCUUGAAUCAUCCUUGAUCAUCAUCAAACAUAUUCCCUUUGAUCUUCAUUGGUGUUUCUGUUGUAAAUUUACACGUUCCUCAUUCCGGAAAAUCCUAUAUUCUUUCUUAUCUUCUUGAAAUCUGAAUCCUCGUCGUCUAGAUAUUGUUGUUUGUAUGCAUUUAAGCUCAAUAUACUUAGGAAUUGAACAAGAACAAGAACAAGAACAUGUUUGACAGUCUGUUGAAGAGCAAGUUCUACGCGAAAUGCAAAUCGUCGACGAAGCAAAUGAAGACAAGAAUCAACAUUAUAAUUCGGAAACGAAAUACAAUGCUCAAGUAUCUAAGAAACGACAUCGCCGAUCUUCUCAGAGAUGGCCUUGAUAUCAAUGCCUAUAACAGGACUGAAGGUCUCCUUGUUGAGCUGAAUCUAUCAGCAUGUUAUGAAUAUGUGGAGAAGUUCUGCGACUGCAUUUCCGAUCAUCUUGCUCUGAUGAACAAUCAAAGAGAAUGCCUAGAUGAAUGUAGAGAAGCAGUCUCCUCAUGUAUCUUUGCAGCAGCAAGAUUUGCAGAUUUGCCUGAAUUGCGUGAUCUUAGAAGUCUAUUCACUGAAAAAUAUGCUUCUUCAUUGGAUGCUCAUGUCAACAAAGAGUUUAUGGAGAAGAUGAAAGCAAUUAAACCCACAAAGGAUAUGAAGCUUCAAUUACUGGAAGAUAUAGCAAUGGAAUAUGGUUUAAAGUGGGAUUGCAAAUCAUUGGAGCAGAAACUAUAUUUUGAAAAGGUUCAAAAGGAUGGUAUUAUGAAGGAUGCAACAAAUUUGAAAAAUAAUAAUGGUUCAUCAUGGGAUAAUGUAAGAGAAGCAAUGAAUAUGAAAACAGACACUAUUGGAAAGACAUUUGUUAAAGAAACAGAGACAGGACAUGUUCAUCCUAAUCUACCAGAUUAUGAUGCUUUUGUGAAAAGGUUUGCAGCUCUUAGAAAAGGGAAAUAGCUACACAAAAAAAUGUUGUUUUUUUC